AUGUACUUGUCACUGGCUGCAGCGGCGAUGUUGCUUCUAGUACUGACAGCCACGGAGGCUGAAGGCAUCCGGCUAGACGCACAGACCCGGGAAUCCAUCAGAAGUGGCGGCGGUAACCCAAUGCUCAAUAAACCAGUCGAUGAUGCGGUCAAGGGUUCCAGUGAUGAUGCGGUCAAGGGUUCCGGUGGAUCGACGAGCGAGACGACAGGGAGCCCUGGUACUGCGAGCGAAGUUAAGGCAGUGCCUCCUGGGUUGCUGGAGUUCCAGGAAGACUAUUAUGUUCCAAGCGUUCACAGCCCUAGGCACCACUGA